UGGGAGGCCAAGCACAAGCAGGAGCAAGCGUCCCUGCAGCUUGCCCCAGACAGCUACCCGCUGGGCGGUGGCAUCUCCCCUCUCCCUCUGCUCUCCUGGUGGCGGCUCGCACUGCUCACUCUUGGCUCCUCACCUGCCUAUGAUCAGGAGCUCUGUCCUGCCUGAUCCAAGAACCCUGUGAGCAGCAGGCAGCGGCCGGCCGCCAGAAGGAAUGGCCAUGAAGACGCUGGCAGUGGUACUGGUUCUCCUGGCUGGAGACACUUUCCACACAGCUUUUGCAGAGGAGCAGGAGAAAUUGGUGCACGGAGGACCCUGUGACAGGCACGCUCACCCCUACCAAGCCGCCCUCUACAGCUCGGACCAUUUGCUCUGUGGCGGGGUCCUUAUUCACGAGGAUUGGGUCCUCACAGCUGCCCACUGCAAGAAAGAGAAGCUUUACAUCCGCCUGGGGGAGCAUAAUCUUCGGAAUUCGAUAAAUACGCAGAGGAGAUCUGUGGUCAAGGCUGUGGCCCAUCCCGGCUUCAAUCCUGCUACCCACGACCAGGACAUCAUGUUGUUGCGUAUGUCAAAGCCUGCCAACUUCUCUGCCUGGAUCAAGCCUCUGGCCCUGGAGAGGGACUGCCAGGCCAGGUCGACCAGCUGCCACAUCCUGGGCUGGGGCAGGACAGAAGAAGGUGUGUUCCCUGACACCAUCCAGUGUGCCUACGUCCAGUUAGUGCCACGAGAUGAGUGUGAGCACGCCUACCCCGGCCAGAUCACCAGGAACAUGGUGUGCGCCGGGGACCCAAAAGAAGGGACGGAUGCCUGCCAGGGUGACUCGGGGGGCCCACUGGUGUGUGGAGGCCGCCUCCGAGGCCUUGUGUCAUGGGGUAACGUCCCCUGUGGGUCCAAGGAGAAGCCAGGAGUCUACACUGAUGUCUGCAGAUAUGUCAGCUGGAUCCAAAGAACCAUUCGAGGCAACUGACCCUCAAGUGUGCGCAUCCAGCUCUUGCUCUGUGACCCCCUGGCUGGCUCCAGAACCUCUUUCCCUAGACCUUGUCUUCUGGCCCCUCCUGCCUGAUGCAGCCCUUUAUGCUUUGCGAAGGGAGUAGCAGGAGGAAGAGCAUCCAUUCUCCCUGGUCAUUCCCCAGCCGCACCCUCGAGGCACUGAGGGUAGGGAUAGGGAAGACGCACAAGCUGCUGCCUGCAACUCCAAGGAUAUAGGGAGACCCCUCUGCCCGCCUGUCCCUCACAGUCCUCGUUCCUUCCUGGAGAUGCAGUUGCAGCUCUCCUACUUGCUGUCUGUACCCACUUGGGAAAUGUCUCAUUUCGCAAUGUCCAUUUCCUCAUCUGUGUGAUUAGGACAAGGCUAGCACAUUCCUCUGCAGAACCUGGCUGUCACUGGGAGGAAGAAAGGCUUCAAAGACA